CAGGACAUGGUGCUAGUGGGCGGGGCCUCGUUAGCCUUAGCUAGCUUGUUUUUCCUCCGUCGUCCUCCAGACCUUUGGACCUGCUGGAACCGGGUUUAGAUGGCCGCUGCCGCGCUGAGGAGCCGCUGUCUGUGGCGCUUUGUUAGACCAACAAGUCUGCUCAGGUCCAGUGUUCCCAGUCAGACCUUCCGCUCCACAGCAUCUCCAAUGAUGGGUGCCACCAUGGAGGAGUUUGAGCAGGCGAAGAGCAGGCUGUGCGCGCUGAGGACCGAUCCAGGGAACGAGGUCAAACUGAAGAUCUACGCCCUCUUCAAACAGGCCACCCAGGGACCCUGCAACGCUCCCAAACCAGGAAUGCUGGACUUUGUGAACAAGGCCAAAUGGGACGCGUGGAAGUCCCUGGGAACCAUCUCUCAGGAAGAAGCCAGGGAGCAGUACUGCAGCCUGAUUGGCUCCCUGGUGGAAGCAGAGGGAGGAAGCUCCGCCCAGGUCGCUGCCAAGCCCGCCGCUGGUGGAGCCGCAUACGAGACGCUGUUGGUCACCACAGAGGAUGACAUCACCACCAUCACACUGAACCGACCGGCCAAGAAGAACGCCAUCACCCCCGAGAUGUACAACGAGAUCAUCACCGCUCUGGAGCAGGCCGCUAAAGAUGACUCCAAGUUUGCCGUCUUCACAGGAGCUGGAGACUUCUACUGCAGUGGGAAUGAUCUCUCUAACUUCACCAAGAUCCCAGAGGGAGGGGUGCAGGAGAUGGCCAGGCAGGGUGGGGAGCUGCUCAGGAAGUAUGUGAGGGCUUACAUCGACUUCCCUAAGCCUCUGGUUGCCGUGGUGAACGGACCCGCCGUGGGAAUCUCCGUCACCGUGUUGGGACUCUUUGAUCUGAUCUACGCCACCGAGCGGGCCACCUUCCAUACUCCCUUCACCCAGCUUGGUCAGAGCGCAGAGGGCUGCUCCUCCUACACCUUCCCCAGAAUAAUGGGCCCCACCAAGGCCGGCGAGAUGCUGCUGUUCAAUAAGAAGCUGACGGCGACUCAGGCCUGCCAGCUGGGUCUGAUCACCGAGGUUUUCCCCGACGCCAGCUUCCAGUCCGAGGUUUGGACCCGACUGAAGGCCUACGCCCAGCUGCCUCCCAACUCCCUGGCUCUGUCCAAACAGCUGAUCCGCUCCGUGGAGAAGCAGCGCCUCUACGCCGUCAACGACGCCGAGGUGGAGCGCCUGAUGGAGCGCUGGAUGUCAGAGGAGUGCUUCAACGCCGUCAUGAGCUUCUUCCAGGCCAAGGCCAAGCUCUGAGGGAGGAGGGGCUAAAGGUCCGCUCGUUCUCCAGCAUCAGGCCUGGAUGGAGACAGGGAGGGGGGGGCAGAACCAGAUCAGUUCUCCCUAGAGAGAGAGAGAUCGCCAUGGAGACGGACUGAUCUGGAUCUUUUCUUUCUUUAGUUUUUUACUAACAACUAAUUAACCAAUUAAUUUAUAGAGCAGCUCAGGAAGAAUCAUGGAGAAGCUGAGCAGAUGUCUGCAGGGGUUCCUCUCCCACAGCAGAGCCUGCUACUGGUCUCCUUACUGGUCUCUCACAUGGGGGAGGUGUUUGGAGGCCAGGCUGCUGCUCAGAGGUUUUAACCUGGAAACAGGAAGUGGAGUCUGAGGGAAAUAAAAAGCUUUUGGAAACAUCUC